GGGGCCAGGCAGCACCUGGAGGUGAACCUGGAGAACGGGAUCCUCUUCGUGAACGAACGGAUUGACCGGGAGGAGGUGUGCGAAGCCGGGGGGACCUGCCUGCUCCACCUGCAACUCCUCGUCGAGAGCCCACUGGAGCUCUACCGCGUCGAGGUGGAGGUGCUGGACAUCAACGACCACGCGCCCACCUUCCCCUGGCAAGAGUAUGUGUUGGAGGUGGCCGAGUCUGCCGUGCUCGGUGCCCGCUUCCCACUGGAGAGCGCCCAGGAUCCUGACGUGGGUACCAACUCGGUGCACACCUACCGCCUCAGCCCAAACGCUUUCUUUUCGCUCGAGGUGCAGACACGCAGUGACGCCAGCAAGUUUGCAGAGCUGGUGCUGGAGCGCGCCCUCGACCGCGAGCAGCAACGCGCGCACCGGGUGCUGCUCACCGCGCUCGAUGGCGGUGUCCCCGAGCGCUCAGGCACAGCUCACAUCCUCGUCUCCGUGCUGGAUGCGAACGACAACGUGCCUGCCUUUGACCAGCCCUCGUACGGCGUGAGCCUUCCUGAGGAUGCCCCUGCCGGCACCCUGGUCAUCCAGCUCAACGCCACUGACCUGGAUGAGGGCCCCAACGGGGAGAUCGAGUACUCCUUCAGUGGGCACGCACCGCCGCGCGUCCGGGAGCUCUUCCACAUAGAGCCCCGGAGCGGGCAGGUACUGCUGAAGGGGCGCCUGGACUACGAGCGGGCAAGUCUCCACGAGCUCUACGUGCAAGCCAAGGACCGUGGACCCUCGGCUGUGGCCGUGCACUGCCGGGUGCUCGUGCACCUCCUUGAUGUGAAUGACAACGCACCAGAGGUGACCCUCACCUCUGUGUCCACGCCUGUGCUGGAGGAUGCCCCACCAGGCACCGUCAUCGCUGUCAUCAGCGUUCUGGACCGGGACUCUGGGGACAACGGGCGUGUGAGCUGUGAGGUCGGCCCCGAUGUGCCCUUCGAGCUCCGCUCCUCCUUCCGCAACUACUACACGCUGGUCACCACACAGGCGCUGGACCGGGAGGCUGUGCCCGAGUACAACGUAAGCAUCACAGCACGGGACAUGGGCUCCCCCGCCCUGCUGACCCACAGCACCCUCACCGUCCCAGUGUCCGAUGUGAACGACAACGCUCCACGCUUCCUCCAGCCCUCCUACAGCGUCUAUGUGAUGGAGAACAACGCGCCAGGUGCUUCCAUCUGCUCCGUCAGCGCGCUGGACCCCGACUGCCAACAGAAUGCCUACCUGUCCUACUCCAUUGCUGAUGGGCACAUCCAUGGCAUGCCUGUGGGCACCUACGUGUCGAUCAACUCGGACAGCGGGCACAUGUAUGCCCUGCGCUCCCUCGAUUACGAGCAGAUCCGCAGCUUCCAGAUCCAGGUGCAAGCACAGGAUGCAGGUUUCCCCCCACUCAGCGCCAACGUCACCGUCCACAUCUUUGUGCUGGACCAGAAUGACAAUGCUCCGGUCAUCGUUUCCCCCAUGCCGCGCAACGGCUCCGUGGCCACUGAACUGGUGCCGCGAUCAGCCAGGCCUGGCUAUCUCGUGGGCACGGUGUCGGCGGUGGAUGCGGAUGCAGGGGGUGCGCUGCGCCCCCUCCGCUCCUUUCUGGAGCAGGAUGCCACCCGGCAGCGGCUGGUGCUGCAGGUGCGGGACAGCGGGCAGCCAGCCCUCUCUGCCACCAUGUCCCUCCUGCUUUCGGUAGUGGAGACCAUGCCUCAGAGUCUCUCCGACUUCAGUGAACUCAGCCUGCCCCCAGAGGCCUCCUCAUCCUCCCCACUCACCCUCUACCUCCUUGUCUCCCUGGGCUCCAUCUCCUUCACCUUCCUCCUCGCCAUCCUCAUCCUCACGGCCAUUCGGUGCCGUGGAGAUCGGCACUCCCGCCAAGGUGACAGCUGCUGGUCACCACCCCCCUGCCGCUGCUGCCCUGGGUCCAGACCCUCCUCUGACGGCCUGAAGACGUCCAACCUGACAGCGCAGCCCCCCACGGGGACCACAGCUGCCACUUGCCUCGACGUGCCCGCGGGCGGCCCCCCGGGCUACUGCUACAAGGUCUGCCUUGGUCCUGAGUCUGCCCAGAGUGACUUCAUGUUCCUCAAACCCUGCAGCCCUCCACGGAACAACGAGAAGGACCCCGGGAAGCAGGCCCAGCCGGGCCAGCACCUCCAGGUCUCCAAGCAGAUCAAGCAGCCCAACAUGGACUGGCUGCCUCCAAGCACCCAGCGACCUGCCCUGAAGAGUUCCCAGAGCCUGGAGGACAUGGGGGAAAUCCGCAGAGCCUUCCAGAAGGAGCACGAGAGGCUGUGCACACUGGUGACUCCUGUCUCUGAAUUUCAGAAGGCUUCAGCAGGCACCAACAGCAUCUGGACACCCCAGUACAGCCCCUUGUACCCAGGUCACAUUCCAGCCCUGGAUUAUCAGCACAAUGUCUACAUCCCUGGCACCCCCACUCUGCUUUCCAGCAAAGAUGGGCCCCUCUUCCUGGGCCGGGAGAACAAGAACAGCUUCUCCACCUUUGGCAAGAGGAAGAAGAUGACAACUUACUGUGACAUGCAUGACAGUGUGGUUAUCAACAAUGACCUGAAAUAG